GGUGUCCUUUAGUGCUCGGGGCCUUUCUCUGCUGCUACACCAGUUUCCUGGGACCUGCGUCCUGGCUACACCGCUCCGGCUGUCUUCCUUCCGCCUCCCAUUGCCUUGUUUUUUGCCAUGGCUUCUGCUGUGUUCCGGCUGCUGCAGCAGGGCCCUCGCCGCCUCUUGGCUCCAGCCCUCCCCACGCUGGCUCCUCCGGUUCGGAGAGUGCUGAAGGGAUUCCGUGCCGCCUACCGCUUCCAGAAGGAGCUGGAGCGACGGCGCCUGCUACGCUGCCCGCCGCCGCCCGUGCGACGCUCAGAAAAGCCAAACUGGGAUUACCAUGCGGAGAUACAAGCCUUUGGACCUCGCUUACAAGAAACCUUUUCGCUGGACGUUCUCAAAACUGCAUUUAUCAAUAGUUGCUACAUUAAAAGCGAAGAGGCGAAACGUCAGAACCUUGGCAUAGGGAAAGAAGCUGCUCUUCUGAAUCUUAAGGACAAUCAGGAACUGUCUGAGCAAGGGCUGUCUUUUUCACAUCAGUGCCUCACACAGUUUCUUGAAGAUGAGUUCCCAGACCUGCCCACUGAAGGCAUUAAGAGUCUAGUCAACUUUCUUACUGGUGAGGCUGUCGUCUGUCACGUGGCCAGUAACUUGGCUGUGGAGCAGUUGACCCUCAGUGCGGAAUUUCCUGUCCCCCUGCCUGUAUUACGUCGGACUUUCUUUGCAGUGAUUGGAGCCCUGCUGCAGAGUAGUGGUCCUGAAAGGGCUGCACUCUUCAUCAGGGACUUUUUAAUUACGCAAAUGACAGGGAAAGAGCUCUUUGAGAUGUGGACCAUCAUAAAUCCCAUGGGACUACUGGUAGAGGAGCUGAAGAAGAGAAACAUUUCGGCUCCUGAGUCUAGACUCACCAGGCAGUCUGGAAGCACAACUGCUUUGUCUGUAUAUUUUGUUGGUUUAUACUGUGACAAAAAGCUGAUUGCAGAGGGACCAGGGGAAACUAUAUUGGUCGCAGAGGAAGAAGCAGCACGGGUGGCACUCAGGAAGCUCUACGGCUUCACGGAGAACAGGCAGCCCUGGGACUACUCCAAGCCCAAAGAGGGCUCGAGAGCAGAGAAGACCAGUGUUGCCAGCUAGGCAGCAUGGGGUGACAUCAUCAUCACUGUGAACAAAGCCGUGAGAUACGGCCAGAGGCGAACAGCUCAGAAUAUUGGAGCAAUGCCUCAUUGUUCUUACUGUGCCCUACAGUUAAAUAAGUGUUUGUCAGGUGACGGGUGUUUGUUUCAUUUUUUUCUGUUUCUCUUACAUACCAGUGUAUUACUGUGUAUAAUUUGUACAGCUAGAGAUAUCCCCUCCAGCUUUGAAGUAUAGUCAAAUAUAUGUCAUAUGUGAAGUUUGUUGUAAUAUGAAUAAAAAGCUAUUCUUUGAGUUA